AGCGAUGCGAUUGGUCAACGUGUCGGGGGCUCGGCUCCGCAGGGCGGCCGAGGAGGAGGAGAGGGAGCGGGAGAGGGAGCCCCCACCGCCUCCUCCACCCUCUCACCACUCCAACCACCAGUUUGCCAGCAUGAAGAACAAGUUCUUCAAUGAACUCACACACCUGCCAAAUCAUAAAAUAAAGUUGCCCAUGUGGGCUGUGGGUGCCAUCGUGGUUGUGGUUCUCGCCCUUAUCGCCUGCAUGGGAUUCUGCAUCUACAAGAAGUGCUUCAACAAAGGCAAAAAGCCCAAGAAGGUCCGCGAGAGGAAGGGAGGACGAGGACGCAGGAAGAAAGACAAGGACGGAGAGGAGGGCGACGAAAAGAAGGAAGGAGAAGAAGGGAAGGAAGAGGAGGAGAAGGAGUUCUUUGGCAAACUGGAGUACUCACUGGACUAUAACUUUACCGAUAACCAGCUGAUAGUGGGAAUCCUCCAGGCUCAGGACCUCCCAGCCAUGGACAUGGGUGGCACCUCAGACCCGUACGUCAAAGUCUACAUGCUACCAGACAAGAAGAAGAAGUUUGAGACCAAAGUCCAACGCAAGAACCUUUGUCCUGUCUUCAAUGAGACGUUCACCUUUAAGAUACCCUACAGUGAGUUGGGUGGUCAGACAUUAGUGCUGCAAGUCUUUGACUUCGACCGUUUUGGCAAGCACGACGUCAUCGGCGAAAUCAAGAUCCCCAUGAACUCCAUCGAUCUGGGACAGCCGAUACACGAAUGGAAGGACCUCGUUGGAGGAGAAAAAGAAGAGCAAGAGAAGUUGGGUGACAUUUGUAUUUCCCUCCGUUACGUCCCCACUGCUGGUAAGCUAACUGUCAACGUCAUGGAGGCGAAGAAUCUGAAGAAAAUGGACGUCGGAGGACUGUCAGAUCCAUUUGUGAAGGUUGUUCUGCAGCACAACGGCAAACGACUCAAGAAGAAGAAGACGUCCGUCAAACAAAACACUCUGAAUCCUUACUUCAACGAAAGCUUCAGCUUCGAAAUCCCCUUCUCCCAGAUCCAGAAAAUCCAAGUGCUCAUCACGGUGUACGACUACGACAAGCUGGGCAGCAACGACCCCAUCGGGAAGUGCUGGAUCGGCUACGGGGCCUCCGGCGUGGGCCUGCGCCACUGGUCAGACAUGCUGGCCAAUCCCAGACGUCCGGUAGCCCAGUGGCACACGCUGCAGCCUGAGGAGGAGGUGGACGCUGCUCUGAAGGCCCCCAUCCGCUAAACUGGCUCAGGCGAACAUACACGAAGUGUGUGGCAUCGUCUGCAUAGA